UCUUGUAAAACAUGUAGGUCCACUCCUCAUAUAAAGAAAUGUAACUACAGUAUUCUGACUUUAGACCAUUUUCUAUUUAGAUACAGUAACAUCCCUUAUGUGACAUGCUGUUCCUGCAUGUUAAUGACCUGACUAGGCUACUUUUAAAAUGUGUCAACCACAGAACUCACACUUAGGCUACGCCUGUUUCUACUAAUACUUACAGUAGACUACUUCUUGUUUCCACACAUUGACAGUAAGUUGACCACUUCUUGAUUCCACACAGUAAGUUGACUAACUGUUCAAGACCUUCCCCUUCACUUCACUCUACUGCAGGGUGGGAGAUGCAACAAUGUCCUUGAGAACAGCAGGAAGUGUAUUGGUGGUAUUUCUCUGGUCUGUGACAGUUGUACUGGGGCAGAAUGGCUGGAGAGUGACUUACACCACUCAGAGUAUCUGUACCUUGAAGGGGUCAACAGUGGAGCUGACCUGCUCUUUCAGAUAUCCCAGAGGUAAAGUCACAACAACCUUCUGGUUCACUGAAUGGGGGACUGGUGUAGAACCUAAAGAUCUAGGUCAGGACCCAGAGUAUGCAGGUCGUCUGGAGUAUCAUGGAGAUAAGAAGAAAGACUGUACCCUGAAAAUCACAGACCUGAGAGAGAGAGACUCAGCUACGUACAAGUUCAGAUUCAUAACAGAUCAGACCAGAGGGAAAUAUUAUGGACAUCCUGGAGUCACUCUGUCUGUCACAGGUCUUCAGGUGAAGGUGACUGGUGGACAUCAGGAUAAGACACUGACCUGUAUCACCACCUGUACUCUGACUGACAACCCCACCUACAUCUGGUACAAGAACGGACACAAAGUAAAGGAGGACACUUCCAGCCUGGACUCAGACUCCUUUAGUGAUGCAGACAGUUACUCCUGUGCUGUAAAAGGCCAUGAGGAUCUCCUCUCUCCUGCAGUGUAUGGACCAAGGAACACCUCAGUGUCAGUUAGUCCCUCUGGUGAAAUAGUGGAGGGCAGUUCAGUGACUCUGACCUGCAGCAGUGAUGCCAACCCACCUGUCCAGAGUUACACCUGGUGGUACAAGAAGAAUGGAGGUGACUAUCAGAGUAUGACAGGACCACAGCAUGUCUUCAACCAAAUCCAGUCAUCUGACACUGGAGAGUACUACUGUGUGUCCCAGAAUGAGAUGGGGACAGACAGGUCUAGGACCAUCAACAUGGAUGUGAAGUAUGCUCCAAAGAACACCUCAGUGUCAGUCAGUCCCUCUGGUGAAAUAGUGGAGGGCAGUUCAGUGACUCUGACCUGCAGCAGUGAUGCCAACCCACCUGUGGACAAAUACACCUGGUACUUUCAAAAUGAGACUUUUCUAAAUGGAUGUGGACAGAUGUACAACAUCAGUAACUUCAGGUCUGAGGACAGUGGACAUUACCACUGUGAGGCCUGGAAUGGAAGAGGAUCUAGGAACUCUACAGCUCUGAUGAUCAUUAUACCAGGGAAACAAACAUCAGUUCUGACUGCAGCUGUAGGAAUCAUAGUGGUUGUUCUGGUUCUCAUCCUCUGUUUCUCUGGCUUCAUGUGGUUCAGGAGAUCCACAGGAGGAAGUGAUUCCACAGCAGACUCACAGAGUGUCCGUCCUGACUGUAACAGUGACACGUACACAGGUCUGAACAUGAGGACCAUGUCCCCUGACUACGACACUCUGGCAAAUGUGAGACUCUCCCAGUGACACAUCCCCUCAGAUAGAUGCUGAGCCCUCCGAUUAUGAGAACGUAAGAGAACUACCAUGGACCCUGGACUGAAGAGAACCACCACAGAACCUGGACUGAAGAGAACCACCACAGAACCUGGACUGAAGAGAACCACCACAGAACCUGGACUGAAGAGAACCACCACAGAACCUGAAUUGAAGAGAACCACCACAAAAUCUGGACUAAAGACAGUCCCCGCAGAACCUGGACUGAGGAGAGCCACCGCAGAUCCUGGACUGAGGAGAGCCCCGCAGAACCUGGACUGAAGAGAGCCACCACAGAACCUGGACUGUAGAACUUCGGCACUAAACCAAAGAAAGGCCUUACAUCUCUAUUAUCCUGCUGUCAUAUCUAGAAGUGUGAGGACAGACGCCGGGAGACGAGAAGAAAGUACAGGGAGUGAACAUUUAAUAAAUAACAGACAUGAAACAAAACACGGACAGCGUCUGGACAAGGGAAACAAAACACGGACAGCGUCUGGACAAGGGAAACAAAACACGGACAGCGUCUGGACAAGGGAAACAAAACACGGACAGCGUCUCUGGACAAGGGAAACAAAACACGGACA